GGAGUUGCCUUAGCAGCGUUGCAAUGGUUAGUAACGAUCCAUCCGAUUAGCCAAGAUGCUGCCACAUUUCCGAUCUUUGACCAAUGACAGGAGUUAGGCCAUAAUUAGUAUUAGCUAAGCCUAGGCCUAGGCAGGCCUAGCCUGGGAAGCCGUAGCAGAUCUUCCGACAAACUUUUUCCAGUCUUAACACCAUUUCCCAUUCGUUGAAAGAUAUUGUACAUACACUCGUGUUUACAGGACUAGGACUUAUUCUACCGCCCAAGUGAGCUUUAAUCACCAUGUUGCUGUGGAAUAGAUUGGAGAGGGGUAUUGAUAUUGAUCACACUUGAUUCGCGAGUCAGGCGAUAAGUAUUUUUCACUUUGUAUCGAUGAUGGGAUGAACUUUUUAUCUUUGAUGAAAAACUGAGUUUUUGACAUCUUCUCUGAAGCAUUGAACCAAAACGCCAACUGGUGAACAAGGAAUAUGUUUGAUUGACCUUUGAACAAUUCAGCAGGUGAUUUUCAGUGUUAAUCCAACAAGAUAUUAAAGAUGAGUUCACACCACUCAAGAACGUUGGGGAAUGUAAAGGUUAACAAGGGAAUCAUGUUUCCCCCAUUGACUCAGGCCUUAAACCAAACAAACCGCUCUUACUUCCAAGAGCAUAACCUUAUGAUCCACGGAGAUGGGGUCAAGGGUGCCCCACCCAUGUCACCUCGAGGUCUGGAAGAGGAACUACGUACCCGUAAAGGGUCAUCAACAAGACCAAUGACUUCAGCGAGAAUAGAACAAAUGAAUGCUCGGGCUGCAGAAGAACUAAAGGAGAUGCAGGGCAAAGAGAAACAGUAUCAUAAAAAGAUCAGCAAUCUUCAAAAGGCUGUUGAACAGCUUCGUCUGGAAGUCAACAUGAAGGAAGAAAAUCUAUUAAAAACAAACCUCAAACUACAGCAAAUUGAGGAGCAUUUUCGGUUACUGUACGAGGAAGAGAAAUCAUCUCAUGAGGUCACCCGGCAAGAAGUGACCGAAGCUAGAGAGGAACUGAGAGAGAAAGAAAACUUUGUCGAGGCUUUAAAACAGAGACACGAACAACAUACAAAAGAACUCAAAGAACAUCUUGACGCUCAGAUCACAGAACUCAAGACCAAAUACGAUGCUGACAUAGCAGAUAGGGAUAGACGUCUGGACAAUCUGAAGAAACAAAUGGCAAGUCAUCUCAAAGAUAAUUCUUGGGAGAGGCAACAGCAACUCGAGGAGCUGAGUAAAGAACUUGGAAAGAUGUCAGAGGAAGCAAAUAUGUUGAAGAGCAAACUCAAAGCAAUGUCUGUAAAGAAUAAGGAGGGAUGUCCAAAUUGCCCAUCAUUAAAAGUGCAGUUAGCUUCAAAAGAGAAGCUUGUUCUAGAGAAAGAUGCACAAAUCAAACAGCUCAUGGAACUCUGUAAGAAGUUUGAAAGCCAGUUAUCACAACAGGAUGUGAUCAUGAAGCAGUUUGCUAAGGAUAAAGGCUUCAAGACAUCUUUCCAGCCAAAGAAGUGAGAUUCAACAUGUGUUUUGUGGUAAACUGUGAUCACUUGGGCAUUAUUAUACCAAUGCUGACUGCAAGCCCAUUCAGCAUCAAACUAUCCACAAGGGAAAAACAAGAGGAGACAGACAGACAGUGGGCGAUUUAAAGUGUGGUAUUAAAAGUGGGUGCGAACAACACCAGAUCAGACACAACACAACAUGAAAAUGGAGUGGUUUUGAGAGUGACCUCUUUAAAUAUGACAAAGAGUAAUGAUAUUAGUUCUUCUUAAAGGUUUUCAUGAUUGUUGCAUUCUGAAAAUUGAGAUUUUAGUGCAUUUUUGUAAUGAUCUCCCUUUUGUGGUAAAGAUUGAAAGAGUAAGGUUGUUGAGAUGAUAGGUGUGACGCCAUGAGCUAUCGAUAACAUGAUCAGUAUCAUCUUUCUGAAAAUCAGCUCGGUGUUGGAUUCAGCAGCCUUUUGCAUGAUCUUAACACCAACACCAUACUUAAAAAUCAGCCGCUCUCUGUGAAAAGGUAUGAUAAUCUCCCAGAAACCCCGUACAAUUCAUGUGCGACAUCUAUAGCCAUGUCUUUUGUACCUCUGUGAUGCACAAUACAUCAUGCAAUGACCUAAAUAAUGUUAACAUGAAAAUUAUAGCCUCAAGCCACGUACGAUGCCCCCCCCAAAAAAAAAUCCCAAGAAGAUCGUAAACACUAUUCCAUUUUACAAUGGCCAUAUCAAAUGUAACAUUGACCAAAAUAUACUGCUUAAAGAUACAUAUAUCAAGGAAAAUAAAGAAUACAGCAGAUGACAUAUUGCAUAUGGAUCUGAUUAUUAAAUUCUUUACAUCUUUUGAGAUCAAUUUUGCAAUAAAUAUCAAUAUGACUUUGAUAAUGUGAAAUUGCUUUAAACAUGUACCUUAUGCACUGUUUUAUAAGUUAAAAUUAUUUAUCAUUUGAUAAUUUUUACAUUAAAUGAACUAUAUGUUGUUUCUUUUUAAAGAGGCCUGCCAUUGACAAAUCAUGGGGAAAUUGAAUCGGUACGAAAUUUGCAAAGGCCAAUCGACAUGCAUAACAUAAUCCGUCUGUUGUCAUGAGAGCCCGUCGUCGGACUAACGCGAUAAAAGUUCGGACAGCACAAGUUUGACCGAACUCGUGAUCGUUAUUUCCUCCGGGUUGUCGCAGUUUCCAACAAUCCCAAUUCCUAGACUCUAAGCAGGUCUCUUGAUUGCUAAACCAAAACAAAUAUACUCUGUGAAGUUACAUGUAUCAAAGUGAAAACAUGCAGUUUACUUCUAGUUGGUUAGUCUACUACCUAUCGCUCUCCUAUUAGACCUCCCAGACAGACAAUGCCGUCGUCUAUUACAUAACACCCCCAGGGAGUCUGGAAGCAGGCCUUGUAAUUGCGCUUCCAUAUCAUAAGCUGUUUUUUCAUCGAGCAAAAUUUUAAACGGCAAUAAAUCAUGACACUUGGAACAGACUAUCCUUAUAGUGAAAGUGAGCCGAGUGAAAGACUUGAAUCCCUUCUCCGUUCUGAGAUAGGCCUUGAUUUCCCCAUGAUUUGUCAAUGGCAGGCCGCUUUGAUAAGGUUUUAGCUUGAAUGCAAAUUUUACUAUUUAUUUCUGUGUGCUCCAAACACAGUAACACUGAUGAUUAUUAUUAUUUUUAUUUUUUUCAUUAAAACAAGUAUUACAUUUCUGGUUAGUUUGGUAUCAUGUACAGUUACAUUUGCAAUAAUAUAUGACUAGUUCAGAUCCUACACUCAUAUUAUCCUCUUUUGAACUGAUGGCAGUCUCUCAACAUCUGUCUUUUAUCAUAAAUCACUAUAUUUUUUAAAUAAGUUUAUCGGAAUAACUCUGAUCUUGAUAGUUCAAUAAUUUCCUUGCAAGGAAAUGCAAAGAAAAAAGAGCCAAAUUGUACAUGACUCUUAUUUUGUAAUAGCUCCCUCAUUGGUCAUUCAGCUGAAUUGAACAAAAAUUAAGGUGCCAUUUUGAGUUUUACCAGGUCUUCCAUUAUUUUUGUAUUAUUUGAAAUGCCAAAGGUGUAAGUUCUUAUGUCUAGAUACUGAAAAUGAUGGUAAUUGUGUGGAAGAAGUCUAAUCAUUAAGAUGCACCUAUAGUAUUACGUAAUCAAUCCCUGGAUAAAAGUCAAACAUGUUCUGUAUUCAAUGUAUUGUAAACCAAGGUAAUUUGAAUCAAAUGUGAUUUUCUGUGAUGAAUUUUGUUACUUUGCUUAAAAGGAAUGUUGUAGUAGAUAUGAGUAAGUUGAUACUUGGACCCAUCAGAGAUGGACACCCAUCAUCUAGUUAAUAAUUUACUAACAUGUGACUGUCAUUGUCCUCUGAAUGAAAUUCUCUUGAUAUUUAUCUUCUUUGAUUGUAUCGUUUUUCAGCGUUAAUUAGGCCAUUAGUUGAAAGAAGUAGUGAGUGAUUGCACAAACUUGUCUAGAUUACAAAUUCAUCAAGUCAUGCCAUCACUAGGAUGUUAAAAACUCAUUUAUCAAUAUGUCAUGUCAAUUUUAGAGUUAUGACAGGAGAAACAACUUUGGUUUGGCUAGAAGAUGUACUAUUGAAUGUUUCCAGGCAAUAUGAAGUUUCCACCAUUGCCAUAUGUCUAAAAGAAGCGUACAGCUUUUUCUAAUCUACCUCUAAACUGUUAAGAUAUAUAGAUAAUAAUGAUAAUAAUAAUGGUAUAUUUACACAGGGUAGCCACUUUAGUUCAGAAAACUGUUCUCCCAGCGGGCCCUGCUAUUAUUACCCGGCUAAGCUAGGCUACCUAUUCAGGUGCACACAGCUUUUUGAGGAAUUUAACUUCCUGCCGGUAUCCAUUUACCUCACCUUUCAGGUGAGGUAAAAGGUGAAAGGUUUUAAAAUCCAGUGACGAUAUGGCUAUCCGAGUGUUCUCCCAACCAACUUUUAUUGGCAAUGCAUGUCUAGGCAUGGGGCUUGCAUGCAUUGCAAAAUCUGAAGGAAUUUAAAAAAAAAAAAUCUUUAUAAACUUCCAUAUGAAAUGGAUGUUAAAAGUUCAAAUAGUCAGCUACCCCCACCACUUCAGCAGCUCACUAUCAGGAGGAAGCCAAGGCAUGGUAAAUUACCGAUUGGCCUGCUUCGUCUACUUUAUUACCAUUUGGUCUCGUCCCUCAUGGUCUAUUCAUAGUUUGUAAAAAGUCAGUCCAUCGGCUGCCCAUCUCUAAUGAAUUACAUUUCUAGUUUAUGAAUCACAUUUUAAUUUCACAAAGCGCAAAAUAAGUAGUCGCGAAAAGUAGACCGACUGCUUGUUUACAUGUAUAAACCAAAGACGUAUCAUUGAGAUUGCUGAAUUACUACAUGAGCUAUUUGCCACUGUUUUUUGCUCUGUGCAUUGUAUAUUCAUUUAAUAGGAAACUGUAUGUAAUUACAGGGAAACAUUUCAUCCUAGCUGUCUUAAUGCAACCUCUCUGAUUCUCUGUGUUAAGGUAAGGGGUUGCGCUGUUGAGGGGGGAGGUAGGAGGCUCUUUUGCUCCUAUGAACUUCCAAGUAAUAAGCAACGCUAGAAAAGAAAGAAGAAGUAUUAAAAAACAGGUUUUUCAUACUAUAAUAUUCAUGCAACCUUGUCAUAUUUCUUGUUAGGUACUUGUGGAAGAAAUUGAAUCUGCACAUAUUCAGAAGUAUCUGAUACCGUCCAUUGAAUUGAAGUGCAAUUUUUUAUCCGUGUAAAUAGUUUAUUAUAAAUAUUAUAGAACUAAUGUUUGUUGUGUUUUUUUAUAUACUUAUGCCUCUUAAAUUUACUUGCCAAAGUAAAUAGAUUGAUAUGUUGUUUUUCCUCUGAUACUUAACCAUAGAAAAUAUACUUUUCCACUUCUGUUUGAAGAUACAUGUCAUGUAUGUAUGUGUAUUUUUUUGUAUUUGCUUCUUUUUUAUAGUAAUUAAUUGAUCGAAUUAAUAUUUUUCACACGAACAAGGUUGUGAAGCGACAUUUAUGAAAGAACUAUGAUUUUGUUUAACUUUCUUACUCAUUUUUAUAUUAAAUCUAUUUGUUAAUAGAUUGUUUGAAACAAGAUGC